AUGGCUCAGCCGGUGGCUAAGUGUGAGAAAAACUUCAUUCACAGAUCAAGCCUUUCUGUUCAUCUGAGUAUCCACACAGGGGAGAGGCCCUACGAAUGCCGUGAGUGUGGGAAGACCUUCAAUCGCAGCUCAGACCUUUCUAAACAUCAGAGAAUCCACACAGGGGACAGGCCCUACGAAUACAGUGAUUGUGGGAAAACCUUCACUCACAGAUCAACUCUUUCUGUGCAUCAGAGAAUCCACACAGAUGAGAGGCCCUAUGAAUGCCGUGAGUGUAGAAAAAGCUUCACUCACAGAUCAGCCCUUUCUAGACAUCAGAGGAUCCACACAGGUGAAACACCCUAUGAAUGCAGUGAGUGUGGGAAAACCUUCAAUAACAGCUCAAACAUGAUUACCCAUCAAAGAAUUCACACAGGGGAGAAGCCAUAUAAAUGUUGUGAGUGUGGGAAAACCUUCACUCGCAGAUCACACCUUUCUCUUCAUCAGAUUAUCCACACAGAUGAGAGGCCCUAUGAAUGCCGUGAGUGUGGGAAAAGCUUUAUUACCAGCCCAGCCCUUUCUAGACAUCAGAGGAUCCACACAGGGGAGAGGCCCUAUGUAUGCAGUGAGUGUGGGAAAACCUUCAAUCCCAGCUCAAACCUUAUUACCCAUCAAAGAAUUCACAUAAGGGAGAGGCCAUAUAAAUGCUGUGAGUGUGGAAAAUGCUUCACUCACAGAUCAGCUCUUUCUGAGCAUCAGAGAAACCACACCGGGUAGAGGCCCUAUGAAUGCCAUGAGUGUGGGAAAAGCUUCACUGACAGAUCAGCCCUUUCUAGACAUCAGAGGAUCCACACAGGUGGACCCUAUGAAUGCAGUGAGUGUGGGAAAACUUUCAAUUGCAGCUGA